CAAUGCUCGCGCGCUAACCCAGGACUAUGUGGCGCGGGCCACGAAUCCGGAGCAGCAGCGCGCAGUUGCCAGCAGGACUGGAGGGGAGGUGGCCCGAGUGCCUCCCACGCCUCCGGAACAAACCGGAGGUGGAAUCCCGGUGGGGGGCGCGGCUUCUUCGCCAGACUUUACUUGCGCGCAAGCAGCGGCCGCCGGGAGCUACCGCGCGCUUCGCCUUUGCGCGGACGCCGCUUUCCUCCUCCUGAGACCCACCUCCAGGUGGGAUCCGGGCUCCGACGCCAAGGGGCGCAGGAUCCCAGCUGCUGCAGGGCCAGGGGUACUGAAUCGUAGCUAAGUAAGAGACGGGGAGGGUUGCCGGAGCGAUGGCGCAGGGCGGCGGGGAGUGGCAGAGCUUGGAGACGCUCCUGCGAAGCAGCCUGCGCGUCCUGCGCGGUAAGUGGGGGCAGCAGGAGCCGGGGAGGCUCCCGAAGAGCGACGAUCGCGCUGGGGAAGAGGAGGAGGAGAAGCAGAGGACGACGCCCAGCGCCUUGGAGGCCCUGCCGAUAGAUGUGAAAUUAUACAUUAUGUCCUUCCUCACACCCAAAGAUCUGAGUAAUUUGGGAAGCACCAACCACUACUGGAAGCUAACAAUCCAGGAUCCCCUGCUAUGGCGUUAUUUUCUCAUCCGCGAUCUUCCUUCCUGUCAUUCUAUUGAUUGGGAGUCAGUCCCUGAUGCAAACAUAUUUAAUAAAUCCAUUUUUGAACUUCAUAAUAUUGCCUCAUGUGACUACAUGGCUGCGUACAAGAAGUGUUACUCCAGGCGUAAAAGAUGUCCGAAAGCCAGCCGGCCCUAUUACGGAUCCGUCACUUCCUUUCUACAGUCGUUGAUCACGCAGGCAGAGCCUCGCUUUGCAAUGUUUGGGCCUGGCUUAGAAAACCUGGACGACUCUUUGGUGCACAGAAUGAUGGCGAGCCCACAUAUUUUGCCGCUGGCCGGUAGACCUUCUAGACAAAUGCACGGGAUAGGAUCAGGGGUCACAUUUCGUUCGAAUGGCCAGAAAUUCACCAUUCUGACAUUGUAUACAAAAACUAGCAAGGAAAGACUCAGAGCGAAGGAAGAGGACACUGAUCCUGUCAACAAGAUGUUCUCUACGGAGUCCAGUGUUGAUGGGAAAACGCAUUACAAUCUGAUCGAGCCCGUUAAAAACAUGUGCAGACAAAUUGAUGGGUUCAUCUAUGCUGCAGAUGCCGAGGUUGAUAAAAGAAACAACCGUCAACUUGAAUUUGACUGGCUGGCAGCAAUGCUUGACCCAGUCCUUGGCCCUACAGAUAGGCCACUGCUUGUCCUGUCCUGCGUUUCCUGUGCUGAGAUCGAAAGGAUUCCUUGUGUUUACAUGGCACAUCAGCUGCAGCUGAACCUGCUUGGCCCGCGGCCAUGGAUGGUUCAGGAUAUUGAAGUUUCCACGUUGGGUGGACUGGUAGAUGGAAUUCAGUGGCUACUGGAAGAAACCGAAUGUAAAAAUGCCCAGUAAAUCAGGCAUGCUUACAAAUUCCAGUGUGAUUUAAAAGAAAAGAAAACAAAUGCCUUAUUUACAAGCAAGACUUGAGGUGGGCACAAUUUCUCCCUAAUUUGACACGAGCUGAGAAGAGGUUUUUGUGCAUAACACGGACCAACAUUGCCCUAAACCUGUUGCUAUUUAAAAUGCAGACUGGAUAAUACAGAAAAGGGAGGGAUUAUACCUUGGGGGGGGCAUUGGCAUAGUGGUGGCGCUCCUCUUAUGCUAGUGCCCCUCCCCAUUGGCAAGUUUAUCCAGUAGUAAAUCUCCUCUGAGAGGUGCCAGGCUGCUGCCAUUUAAAUUUCCCACAAUGACUUCAAUGUAACAUUGCUUUGGGGCAGCACGAGAGAAUUACGAUGGUAGGCACUCAAUCCUGAGCACCAGAUUUAUUUAUUUAAAAAGUAAGGUGGGGGACGGGGACUGGCAGCUGCCCAAAGAUGCCAUGUGGUGAUGCCAGGCUUGCUGGAUUCUAGUUGUGUUAGGCUGUUGAUGGUGCUGACAGUAUCCAAUGCAAGUUGGAAUGUCAAGCUUUUAAUCAGGUAAUUCUGGACCAUAAUGCACACGUUUAGUGGAAUCUCUGCAAUAGACGGGUAACUGAUGGACAUUUCUUGGAGUGGAGAAUAUGAAUGACCAUUUUAUCAAGUGCACAUAAGAGAAAAGUUGGCCAUGUGCCCCCACCCAAGUUUAUUGUUAAUGCCCAACAUGUUUCCGAAAAUGAUUUUCCUUCAGGGGUCAAUGUAAAACCCAUACAAAAACUUUCUUUCUUUCUUUCUCUCGCUCUCUCUCUCUUACCGUAUGUCUCAGAAAACCACUUAAAACAUCUUAACAAAGAAACUUGCUCUGGUCAAAUUCAUUGGGAACAAUCAAUCAAACCUUACCUCUUGUUCUCUAACUCACACCUGCAAAACAGAAAACCGUUGCUGGUAUAAACCAAACACAAUAACUUGAAAUACAAUGCAAUGUCUUUCUGAACCCAGUUCUUCUGGAAACUACAAAUAUUGCUUUCUCAGGAGGAAAAAGGGGGUUGGGAUUGGUGAAAGAGAACAAAUAAAACGAUAUCACAGCA